AUUUGCAUCAUACGGUGCAAGUCAAGAAUUGUCCUGAUUGCUGAAUAAUAUGGAGAAAAAGGAGUUAAAGGCACAAUGCUGAAUCCAGACUAGAUUACAUACAUACAUAAAAAGUAACAGUCCAUAUAAGCAGAUUACGCGUUUGAACGCAAACAGUGCUAGAGAUCAUGACGCACAGCAACCUGUAAGCUGUUUCUGGAGGUUGCUAGUCUGGUCUCCUACAUGAACCUAAGUUUAUUUCAGAUUUCAAUCAACUGAUGUUCUAAACUGAGCUCUGAAAAUGUCAGCGAUAUGGAAGUGUUCUCGUGUACUAAUGAUGAUGAUUGUGCUAUGGAUUAUGCCCUCGGGCUUCAUGGCUGGAACUUCUCUAGAUGACAUUGAGUUACUGAAAGUUCUAAGGAACUCCCUUGCUGAUAGUGGAUAUGCCAUCCCGGGUUGGUUUGACUCGAAUAUUUCUCCUUGUAAUUGGACUGGGAUUGGUUGUGAUGCUGGGAGAGUGAUAGAGAUUGAUUUACCAUGUAUGCAUCACCCUCUGAGUCUUCCAUUUCCAGACUGCAUUGGACAAUUCAGGUCCCUCGAGCACCUAAACCUCAGCAGAUGUGGCCUAAAUGGUGCUGUAUCUCCAAACUUAUGGAGUCUGGAGAAUCUUGAAGUUCUGAACUUGGGUGGCAACAGGCUAAAUGGGAUGCUUCCAUCGGCUAUUUCUGGCCUGCGAAGCCUGAGAGUACUUGUGCUCGACAGGAAUGACUUUUCGGGUAGUCUACCAUCAACGAUUGGUGAACUUAAAGAGCUUCGGGAACUCUCUCUUCAUAGAAAUUCGUUUUCAGGAGAACUUCCUGAGGAGAUUGGGAAUCUGGGGAAGUUGGUGGCCCUGGAUCUUAGUAAGAAUUUCUUCUCCGGGAAUCUGCCUUCAAGUCUGGGUAAUCUGACAGAGGUUCUCUACAUCAACGCCCGCCUCAACAAUUUUACUGGGCUUCUGUUUCCCGAGAUUGGAAACUGGAGGAAGCUUAGAAGUCUGUAUCUUGCAUGGAACAUGCUGACUGGACCUCUACCUGCAACAAUUGGGAAUCUGCAAAAUCUCGAGACUAUUGAUCUGCAAUACUGCAAGUUCACAGGAAAGCUCCCGGAAGAAAUUUCUGAGCUAAGUAGCUUGAUUGAAUUGAACUUUGCACAUAAUGAGUUUGAAGGUGAACUUCCUUCAGGCAUAGGCAGGCUAAGAAACCUUGCUCAACUUAUCGCGCCAAAUUCAGGGCUGAGUGGAAGAAUACCCUCUGAAUUAGGAAACUGCACGAGGCUCGAGGUCAUAAACCUGUCCUUUAACUCAUUUGUUGGUCCAUUGCCCACCAGCCUUGCAGGGUUAGAGUCAUUAAUUACACUGGUUCUUGAUGGGAAUCAGAUCUCAGGCCCCUUGCCUGUUUGGAUUUCCAAUUGGACUCAUGUAGAAUCAAUAAUGUUAUCAAACAAUCUCCUAACUGGGACUUUUCCUCCUCUGAAUCUGCCUUAUCUAUCCUUCCUUCAUGUAACAGGCAAUUUUCUUUCUGGUGCCUUGCCUGCAGAAAUUUGCAAUGCCAAAUCACUGAAUACCCUUUGGUUAUCUGGCAAUAAUUUCUCAGGUACCAUUGAGAAUACUUUCAGAAACUGUUCAAGCCUCAGAGAGUUGGAUUUGUGCAAAAAUGAUCUUUCUGGUGAGAUCCCUCCAUACCUAGCCCAGCUUCAACUUCUCACCCUGGAACUCUCCAGAAACAACUUCUCUGGAACCAUUCCAGAUCAACUAUGGGAGUCAAGAACAUUAGUGGAGAUCUCUCUAAGCAACAACAUGCUCGAAGGCCGGCUUUCAGACAAAAUGGCUAUGCUUCCAUCACUGAAGAGGCUGCGCCUCGACAACAACCUUUUCCAAGGGAAUAUUCCAAGGACCAUUGGGAGUUUAAAGAAUUUGACAAAUCUUUCUUUACAUGGAAACAAGUUGGCAGGAGAGAUUCCCUUGGAGCUUUUCGAAUGCACAAAGCUGGUGUCUUUGGACCUCGGUGCAAACAGGUUUUCAGGUCAGAUUCCCAGGUUUAUAUCUCAGUUGAAAGAUGUUGUCACGUUGGUUCUCUCCGACAACCAAUUCUCAGGCUCCAUACCAGAUGAACUCUGUGAUGGGUUCCAACACAUGCCUUUACCCGACUCCGAAUUCAUCCAGCACUAUGGUAAACUUGACCUUUCCAACAAUCAACUUAUUGGAUCCAUUCCUACAUCCAUUCAGCAAUGCACUGUUGUCAAAGAGCUACUGCUGCAAAGAAACAAGCUAACGGGCACUAUUCCAAUCGAAAUCUCGGGCCUCCAGUAUCUAACAACCCUGGAUUUGUCUUUCAAUUUCUUAGCAGGUCCAUUCAUCCCUCAAUUGUUCUUCAUGAAGAAUCUUCAAGGCCUGUCUCUUUCCCACAACACCAUUUCUGGCUCGAUUCCUGAGAAUCUCAGAUCAACGAAGACGGGCCUAGUCAUGCUGGACAUCUCAAAUAACUGGUUCACAGGUCCCCUGCCAUCUUCUAUUUUUAGCAUUGAAAGCUUAACAUAUCUGGAUAUCAGCUUAAACAAUUUCUCAGGCUCCCUCUCCAUCCAUACUGGACUCUCUAGCUCCUUGUUAUCUCUCAACGCCAGCAACAACAAGUUCUCCGGACCUCUCGACCCAUCGAUCUCCAAUCUCACAUCUCUUUCCCGGUUAGAUCUACACAACAACACCCUCACCAGCACUUUGCCCCCUUCCCUUCCCGCCCUUUCUGCAUUGACAUAUCUGGACAUUUCCAAGAAUGAUUUCCAAGGUUCUUUCCCUUGUGAUAUCUGUAACAUAAACGGCCUUACUUUUACAAAUUUCUCAGCCAACAAAUUCACAGGUGAAGUGCCUCUAAGCUGCACAGCACCUAGCCUGUAUUGCUUAUUACAAGAACGGCCUCCAUUUUUCCAACCUCGCAGCAGCUGUGCACCUGCAUUUCCUUCAAACCGUACAUUUGUGGUGGUAAUAUCUCUUGCCACACCUCUCUUUGUGUUCGCCGUGAUAAUCGCAAUUCUUUCAUUCAAACUUUGGAAACAAAAAGCCCUACUUAUGGACAGGGGUACUGACAGUGCUAAGAGAACAGAUCACCCUACUUCCUAUACCGAUAAUCAUCAGCUUCAGACAAAGGAGCCUCUUAGCAUCAACAUCGCAGCGUUUGAACACACUCUAUUGAGGCUCAAGCACGCAGCUAUCGUGUCCGCCACGGACAACUUUAGCCGGAGCUAUAUCAUUGGCAAUGGCGGCUUCGGGACAGUAUACAAAGGAAAACUGCCAGGGGGCCGAGUUAUCGCGGUCAAGAGGCUCUAUGGAGGCCGGGAGAUCCAUGGAGACCGGGAAUUCUUUGCAGAAAUGGAAACUCUCGGAAAGGUAAAGCACGAAAAUCUGGUGCCAUUGGUUGGCUAUUGCGCGUUUGAAGAUGAGAGGUUUUUGAUUUAUGACUUCAUGGAGAAUGGCAGCCUGGAAUCUUGGCUAAGGAACAAACCGGAUCAUGCUACGGUUCGGCUCAGCUGGCCAACCCGGUUCACGAUUUGUCUCGGGUCAGCCCGGGGGCUGGCCUUUCUACACCACGGUUUCAUCCCGCACAUAAUCCAUAGAGACAUCAAAUCCAGCAACAUUCUACUAAACAACAAGUUCCAACCCCGGGUGUCGGAUUUCGGGCUGGCGAGGAUCAUAAGCGCGUGCGAGAGCCACGUCAGCACCGCCCUGGCCGGCACCUUCGGGUAUAUACCGCCGGAAUACGGGCAGGCGAUGGUGGCCACGGCUAAAGGCGAUGUGUACAGCUUCGGGGUGGUAAUGCUGGAGCUGGUGACGGGGCGUGCCCCGACGGGGCAGGCCGACGGGGAGGGAGGCAACCUGGUUGGUUGGGUUCGGUGGAUGGUGGCGAAAGGGAGGGAACGUGAGGCGUUGGACCCUUGCUUAUUAUUAUCGGCUUCUUCGUGCGGCAAGGGUGAAAUGUUGCGCGUUCUUCGCAUUGCGCGGUCGUGCACCCAUGAUGACCCCUGCAAACGACCUACCAUGAUUCAGGUCGUGAAACUACUCAAGGAGGCCGCCGUAAUGUAAAACUCCGUAUUUCAGUUGUAAGGAACGCAGUAGUUUAGUCUCCUUAUUUUACAUUCAUGUUUUAUGUACUCUUUUUCAUGUUGGGAUUAUGUUGCAAACUCUGCUUCUUUCAUCUAUAGUUAGAACUUAUUAAGAACCA